UGGUAGAGCUAGGGCAUGGAAGCAAUGCCGCUAGAGGGAUGGAUCGAUCACCAAUGAGGGCAAACCGAUGCUAUCGCAGCUCCAGCAAGCAAGAACAGGCUAUCAUCUCCUCUCUCACAUCUCCAUCCAUCGCGCUCUCGGCAGCUCCGGCAGCCUAGAUUCAUGGCUCAAGCGGCGAUUAAAAUGGCUAGACGAAGAUCCACAGCAGCGGCAAGGCGAUACCAGGAUCUACGCCGAUCUCCUCGACGUUGUCGCGGAUUCCAGGUCUCUAGAUCUCGGCAAGGAGGUCCACGCACGGAUUUGCAAGAGCGCCAUGGACAGGGGGCCGUUCAUGGGCGACUUGCUAGUGAGGAUGUAUGUGGAUUGCGGCAGCUUGAUCGAUGCCAAGGCGUGCUUCGAUCGAAUGCCCGUCCAGGACGCGCUCACCUGGGCGAGAUUGAUUCGCGCUCACGGACAGAUCGGUGAUAGCGAGCAAGCGCUCCAUCUCUUCCGAUCGAUGCAGCUGGAAGGGGUGGCUCCGGUUAACAGGAACUUUGUGGCUGUUCUUGGCGCUUGCUCGGCUGAUCCAGAGCUUCUCGAGGAAGGAAGAAGGAUUCACGGGGUCUUGCGAGGAACAGCGAUGGAGAGCGAUCACUACGUGAGCACUACGUUGCUCCACAUGUAUGGGAAGUGUAGCAGCGUGGAGGAUGCCAGGAAAGUUUUCGAUGGGAUUCGCCACAAGAGGGUGGUAGAGUGGAAUGCGAUGAUCACUGCCUACGCGCAGCAAGAUCAUCACGAGCAGGCAAUCCAGGUGUUCUACGCGAUGCUGCUGGAAGGGGUCAAGGCCGAGAGAAUCACCUUCAUUGGAGUGCUUGAUGCUUGCUCCAAGCUCAAGGAUCUCGAGGUGGCAAAGCUCGUCAAGCUUUGCGUCGAGGAGAGAGAACAUGAUCAUCUACACGACUCUAGUUUCGCCACUGCUCUCGUCAACUUUUAUGGAAGCUGUGGAGAUCUAGAGCAAGCUUUCCGAGCUUUCUCGAGGCACCGGCUAGAGCUGAUACUGGCGACUGCGAUGAUCACGCAGUAUACCCAGCGCGAGCGCUGGGACGAGGCUCUCGAGCUCUUCAAGGUGAUGCUGCUCGAGGGCGUGAAGCUGGACAGGAUCGCGUGUAUGGCGGUGCUCAACGCUUGCUCCGGGCCGAGAGGAUUGGAAGAGGGGAGGAUAAUUCACGGCUUCAUGCGAGAGAUCCGGUUUGACAGGCACGUCAACGCAGGAAACGCUCUCAUCAACAUGUAUGGAAAGUGUGGAAGCCUGGAAGAAGCUGUGGAGGUUUUCCGCUCCAUGCAGCAUAGGGACGUGAUCUCGUGGAACACCAUCAUCGCAGCUCACGGCCAGCACUCGCAGCAUCCGGAGGCUCUCCACCUGCUCCAUCUGAUGCAGCUCGACGGCGUAAAGGCGGACAAGAUCAGCUUCGUCAAUGCUCUCCCGUUGUGUGCUACCUCGGAGGCUCUAGCAAAAGGGAGGAUGAUCCACUCGUGGAUCGUCGAGAGCGGUAUCAAAGCCGACGUGAUGCUGGACAACGCCAUCCUCGACAUGUACGGGAGCUGCAAGAGCACCGACGACGCGUCCCGGGUGUUCCGAGCCAUGAAAGUUCGAGACCAGGUGUCCUGGAACGCGAUGAUCACAGCUUACGCCGCUCAGCCUCGGCUCUCCUCCGAGGCACUGCUGCUCUUUCAGCAAAUGCAGCUCCACGGGUUCAUGCCGGAUGUAAUCUCCUUCGUCGCUGCUCUCUCGGCUUGCGCAGCACAGGCCUCACUCGCCGAAGGAAAGCUACUCCACGAUCGCAUACGAGAAACCGGGCUGGAGAGCAACAUGACAGUGGCCAACGCGGUUCUAAACAUGUACGCAAAGUCGGGGACUCUGGUACUCGCGAGAAAGAUGUUCGGGAAAAUGCCACUGCCGGACGUGAUCUCCUGGAACGGGAUGAUAUCGGCCUUCGCUCAGCACGGCCACGCGGACCAAGUUCUUCGAUUCUUUCGGCGGAUGAACCACGAAGGCAAGCUUCCCAACGACGUGACUUUCGUCAGUGUCGUCUCGGCUUGCAGCCACGGUGGCCUCGUCAAAGACGGCGUCCAGCUCUUCGUGUCUCUCCUCCACGACUUCCCGACGAUCUCCCCGCGAGCCGAGCACUACUACUGCAUGGUGGACCUCAUAGCCAGAGCCGGGAAGCUCGAUGCUGCCGAGAAGUUUAUAGCCGCGGCGCCUCUCAAGCCCGACCGGGUGAUCCACUCCACGAUGCUCGGAGCCUCCAAAGUUCACAAGGACGUGGAGCGAGCGAGAAAGUCCGCCGAGCACUUGAUGGAGCUCACGCCGGAUCGCUCCGCCGCGUACGUGGUGCUGUCGAAUCUCUACGACGAAGUCGGGAAGAAGGACGAGGGGGCCAAGAUCCGGAGGCUCAUGUACGAGAAGAACAUCAGGAAGGAGCCGGCUUUCAGCUCCAUCGCGGUGAAGCGAAGAGUCCACGAGUUCUUCACGGGAGACACGACGAAUGCUCGAACUCCGGAGAUCUUGGAGGAGCUGGAGAGGCUGAGCUUGGAGAUGGCCAAGGCGGGAUACACUCCAGACACCACUCUCAUGCUUCACGACGUCGGGGACGAGCAAAAGAAGCGCUUGCUCUCGUAUCACAGCGAGAAGCUGGCGAUUGCGUUUGGGUUGAUCAGCACGGCCCCGGGAACUUCGCUGAGGAUCAUCAAGAACCUGCGCGUGUGUGGGGACUGUCACACUGCCACCAAGUUUAUCUCCAAGAUCACGGGAAGAGAGAUUGUGGUGAGAGACAGCCAUCGCUUCCAUCACUUUGACAAUGGGACGUGCUCUUGUGGAGACUAUUGGUAAUUCGGUUAAAUUUUAUUUAAUUUAUUUUUAAAAUAAGGAA